GGCAGAGAUGUCCUAACAGUCUGAUUGCAAGCAAACGUUUCAUGGGCAGAAAGGAGGUUAGCAUGCGUUUAUUUGGAGGGAUUUAUCAGCUUGCACACUUCAGUGUAGUUAUGAAUUGAAUCAUUUGCACCCUGUAUGGGAUUGCAAGGAGUGUUGAGAACCAGGAGGAGGCACUGGGUCAUACAGAAGAGAGUUAAUGGUUAGAGCAAUAAAAUGUGAAACUACAAGACCCAGAGAGCUUGAUGAGCUUUGCUCCCCCUUCUUUUCCCAGCGUCAUUCCUGCAUUUAAUUGUAUCCACACUAGUUCUUCCGCUGAAGUGGGGAGACUGUAUAAGCUCCACUGUUGCUGUCUCAACCCAUCCCCGUUUAUUCUAACUCCGAACCACCACCUAAAAUAACGGAAUAAUGCAAAACAAUGGCAUUUGCUGUAGCCUGCCUGAGUGUUUACGAAAAUCUUUGAAUGUAGACGUAUAAUUACAUCUUGCCCUUUGCCUUUAAAAAAUGCCUUUUAUUCAAAAUAAAUCCAUCAAUGAAGCACCCGACGCUGCGCGUUUGGCUUUCUUCUAAAUCUCUUAAUGUAGAGCGAGAGGAGGUUGAAUAAUUUUUUUUUGGAAGCAACUGCUGUGGAAUUGCACUUGCUUUUCUCGAAAGAGCGAAAGAAGGAGAGGGAGAUCAAGAAAGAGUUGUCGAAAUGAAAUUUUGUCCCGUUUCUCGUUUUUCGCUGUUGGUUUGCUCUUUGAGUGCAUGGCUGCUUUGCAAUGGAGAGCCGUCUGGAAUCAGGGUCCCUCUGAAAAAUGACAUCGGGAUCUCCAGCAGGAUGCCCAGAGCUGCUGAAACUGAUCGGAGACAAAGUAUCAAUUUUAUGGAAAUGAUUGAUAACCUAAGAGGGAAAUCCGGGCAAGGGUAUUAUGUGGAGAUGACGAUCGGAACACCUCCUCAGAAGCUGAACAUUCUGGUGGACACGGGUAGCAGCAACUUUGCCGUUGGCGCAGCCGCGCAUCCAUUCCUGAAGAGGUACUAUCGCCGCAAUCUCUCUGGCACUUACCGAGACCUGAGGAAGAGUGUCUACGUUCCCUACACCCAGGGCAAGUGGGAAGGGGAGCUUGGGACAGAUAUUGUCAGCAUUCCACAUGGUCCUAAUGUCUCCGUCAGAGCAAACAUUGCUGCCAUCACAGAGUCUGAUAAAUUCUUCAUCAACGGCUCCAACUGGGAGGGGAUACUGGGGCUGGCGUAUGCUGAGAUUGCCAGGCCUGAUGAAAACCUGGAACCCUUCUUUGAUUCACUCGUGAAGCAGACCCAAGUCCCCAACAUCUUCUCGCUGCAGUUGUGUGGAGCAGGCUUUACCCUGAAUGAAACGGAUGCAGCAUCGUCUGUGGGAGGAAGCAUGAUAAUAGGUGGAGUUGACUCUUCCCUGUAUCUGGGCAACAUCUGGUUCACACCAAUCAGGAAGCAGUGGUACUAUGAGGUCAUUAUAGUCAAGAUCGAGAUCAAUGGACAGGACCUGAAUCUGGACUGUAAGGAGUACAACUACGACAAGAGCAUCGUAGACAGUGGAACUACCAAUCUCCGGCUGCCCAAGAAGGUCUUCCAAGCUGCAGUGAAAUCCAUCAAGGCCGCGUCUUCUACGGAGAAGUUCCCUGAUGGAUUCUGGUUGGGUGAGCAGCUGGUAUGCUGGCAGGUUGGGACCACGCCCUGGCAUAUCUUCCCUACAAUAUCGCUGUACCUCAUGGGAGAAGCCACCAAUCAAUCUUUCCAAAUCACUAUCCUACCACAACAAUAUCUACGUCCAGUCGAAGACGUGGCCACCUCCCAGGAUGACUGCUACAAGUUUGCCAUCUCCCAGUCCACCACAGGAACCGUGAUGGGGGCCGUCAUCAUGGAGGGCUUUUACGUAGUCUUCGACCGUGCCCGAAAGCGCAUUGGAUUUGCGGUUAGCACCUGUCAUGAUGCUGCCUGACCUGCUGAGUUCCUCCAGCAUCUGCAGAAUCUCUUCUGUUUCCUGCAAUUGCAGACUCUAAGCGCUGCUACUUUUGGCUUUAUUGAGUUUCUAUUGAAUUUCUGUGUAGCAUCAAAAAAUGACUGCAGUCUCGUGCCAAAGGCAGCAGUGACACAGAAAAGUUAAUCACAGUAUCACUCAAGCUUCAGGAAUUCCUGUCAGACUGCAGAUUUAUUUAGAAACAUAGAAAACCUACAACACAAUACAGGCCCUUUGGCCCACAAUGCUGUGCAAACAUGUCCUUAACUUAGAAAUUACCU